AUGGCCGACUACUCCUACGACGGGUCCUCGUCUUCGGCCGCACCGCCACCACCACCGCCGUACUCCGUGACUGCUUCCGCUUCCGGCUCCGGUAACUUUGGAUCCACCUCCUCGUCCCUGUUCGCGCCACCCCCGACGACCGCCUACGCCGCGCACGGGGAGUCCCACGCGGGCCCGUCUUCGGGCUACCCCUUCGGCGGCUACCCCCCGUCGUCGCCCGAUCACCUCGGGAUUGUGGACUCCAAGUGGCGCCUGGCCGAUCCUAGGUCGUCGUCGGCUCACUCACUUGCCCCGUCCACAACGGACCGCGACGGCGUCACCCGCCGCACCUUGCUCAUCAUCUACAUCCACGGCUUCUACGGCAACGAGUCGUCCUUCAGGUCCUUCCCGGCCCACGUCCACAAUUACCUCAAGGAGACGCUCGCCGAGACCCAUGUCGUCCACUCCAAGAUUUACCCCCGUUACAAGACGUACAAGGCCAUCGAUGUGGCUCGGGACAACUUCAGCCAGUGGCUGGAGCCCCACGAGUCCGACUCUACCGAUGUGAUUCUCGUCGGCCACUCCAUGGGUGGCUUGCUUGCGGGAGAGGUUGCCAUGAUGCCUAAUCGGCACCCGUACAGGCGCCAUCCGUACAAGCACCGCAUACUCGGCACCAUUUCUCUCGACUCGCCAUUCCUGGGACUCCAUCCCGGCAUCAUUGUGGCUGGAAUCUCAAGCUUGUUCAGGCCGGCAUCGCCAACCGAGGAACAGCCCGAUCAGUUCGACGCCUCGUCGAAUUACCUGAGCCCCAACAACUCCGCCAUGGGCAGCCCCAACCCGUCCAUGUACACCCUGGAGACGAACAGUUCACUGGGCGCAGAGCUUUCCCCUCACGCAAGCAACCCGCCAUCUCUGUCCUCGAACGGCCCGCCGCAACGGCCGGAUCCCACUUUCAACCCUCCUUUCUUCAACGACCUGAAUCUGAAAGACCGCCCCUUCAUGAGACGUCUGGGCCACUUUGCCAAGAAGCACAGCCGCGAGGGCAUCUGGGACGCCACCAAGAACCACGUCAUGUCUCAUCUCGAGUACGGCGGCUGUCUGGCAGACUACCCGGGCUUGAACGCCCGAUACAACAAGCUCCGCGCCAUGGAGAGCGUCGACCCGCUGCAGCACAUGGGCGACGGCACCAACUACGGCAACAACGUGAACAAGCCACCCCCCGCCAGGGUGCGCUUCAUCAACUACUACACCCUCAGCAGCGGGAGGCCGAAGAAACCAAAGACGCCCGACUCGCCCAAGUCGCCAGAGUCCCCAGCGUCCCCCGAGCAGAGGUCCGUCCUCGGCCCCCCGGACACUCUCGAGGUUGGCUCUCAUCUUUCGCCGCCGGCCUCGUCGACGCCCAGGAUCUCUGUCGAGGACUCGGACGAUGGCAAGAGUAUGGAGCUCCUGGAGCCCAUCCCGAUGGAGGACGUGGACGAGAAGCUAUCAACUUUCCACGAGGAGCAGCAGGCGAGGUUUCACCACGAGUCCAAGGAGGCCUCCGAGUCCGCAGAGGCGCUUCGACGUGGCCAGCCACAAAACGCGCCGGAAGCAAAGGGCAAGGAAAAUGAGAGGUCCGACAACAUCGGUGCUGGUCUCUCCGAACCCUCCACGGCCGAGCAGAGCAAUGCCGCUAUUGCCGGGGAAGGGGAAGCCCAAGAGGCAACCCCAGCCGGGGGCGUGACGGACGAGCCGGAACUUCCCCCGAUCCCCGACCUGCCCGAGCAGCCAACGCCCCCCGACCUGGACAGGUACACGGACAAGGACGCCCGGAAGCAGGCCGAGAAGGAGGGCAAGCGGGCGCAGAAGGCGUACGAGCAGGCCGUCAAGGCCCGGGACAAGGCCAUCAAGGAGCGCCAGAAGCUCGUCGAGAAGCGCCGCAAAAAGGCCGAGAAGGAAGCCCAGAAGGAGGCCCAGCGGAUCGAGAAGGAGGAGCAGAGGCUGCAGAAGGAGGAGCAGAAGCGGAAGCAGGAGGAGGAGGCCGCCAGGAAGAAGGAGGCCGAGGAGGCCCAGAAGCAGGAGACGCAGGCCGAGGGCGAGGCGCGCCGGCUGGCGGAGGAGGCGAGGCGGAUGGAGCGCGAGGCCCGCAGGCUGCGGGGAGAGCCGCCCGAGCCCGAGCCCGAGAAGCAGCAGCAGCCCGAGGCCGGGAGCGUGGCCGAGAACGAAGCCCACAUCGCGGCGGCAGUCAUCGCCGGAGCGGCGGCCGCGGCGCCGGCCUCGGUCGCGGCGCAGGCAAACAGGCCGCCGGCGAUGACCGCUGCCACGGCAUCCUCGAGCACGUCCGUCAACACGACGCGGACGGGCAGCGGCACCACCGCGAGGUCCAAGGCGCCGGCGGCGGACCCGGGCAAGCCCAAGAAGGAGCGCAAGUUCUGCACGCUGCCGCGCAAGGUCAACGGCCGGCGCGACGAGACGUGGGUGCCCGUGUACAUGCAGGGCAUGGACGAGGUCGGCGCCCACUGCGGGCUGUUCCUGGCCGGGCCGCACUACGACGGGCUCAUUGGCGACGUGGGCGAGCGCAUCCGGGGAUGGGUCCAGGACGACCUCAGCGUCAGGGCGAUAUUGGAGAUGCAGUGA